AAACAGCAUAUAAAGCACCCAAGAAAAAAACACGAGUACAUUAAUGACACUCUCCUCUGAAAAAAAGUAUGGACCAAAUCCAGCACAAAUUCGUACAAGUCCAAGGAUUAAAGCUCCACGUAGCAGAGAUCGGAGCAGGUCCCAAAGUGGUGGUGUUUCUCCACGGAUUCCCUGAGAUAUGGUACUCAUGGCGCCACCAGAUGAUUUGUCUUGCCAACGCAGGAUUCCGGGCCAUCGCACCCGACUACAGAGGAUACGGGCUAUCCAAUCCGCCACCUGUGCCGGAAAAGACCAUGUUUGUUGACCUUAUCAGCGACCUUCUCGCAAUCCUGGAUUUCCUCGAAAUUACUAAGGUUGUUCUUGUUGCAAAAGAUUUUGGAGCCAAGCCAGCUUACUUGUUUGCACUUCUGCAUCCAGAGAGGGUCCUAGGGGUUGUGACACUGGGAGUGCCAUUCAUACCACCAGGUCCAGGUCCAAGUCAAUACCAGAAAUACCUCCCCGAAGGCUUUUAUAUAUCUAGAUGGAAGAAACCUGGACGAGCAGAAGCUGAUUUUGGUCGACUUGAUGCAAAAACGGUUGUCAGGAACAUCUACAUUUUGUUCUCUAGAAGUGAAAUACCAAUAGCUGCUGAAAACCAGGAGAUUAUGGAUUUGGUGGACCUAUCCACUCCUCUUCCCUCUUGGUUCACAGAGGAAGAUCUAGCGACAUAUGGAGCCUUGUACGAGAAUUCUGGAUUCCAAACCGCGUUACAAGUUCCAUAUAGGUCCCUUGAUGAAGAUAUCAACAUAACAGAACCAGUAGUUGAAGUUCCAGCACUUCUGAUCAUGGGCGACAAAGAUUAUGUCUUCAAAUUUCCUGGGAUGGAAGCUUACAUAAAGAGUGGGAAGGUCAAAGAGUUUGUCCCUGGUUUGGACAUCAUAUAUUUGCCUGAAGGAAGCCAUUUUGUUCAGGAGCAAUCACCUGACGAGGUGAAUCAGCUCAUACUUACUUUCCUUAAUGCCAGAAUCUGGUCGUGAGGAUUUGUUGCGAAGUAUGUCUUAAUAUCAAUUGGCCUUAAUGCUGCAACCUUGGAACACUGGAAUCUAAUUCUGAUGCUGAGUUCUAUGAUUGUUGAGUAUGCAGAGAACUGUUAAUUCAGGACCACUGCUCUCUGCCUCUGUAUCUGUGGUCGGACCUGUUUGUAUUUGAGUUUGAAGAAAAACCAUGCAUCAUACAAUUCGAGUUUUAAAUGGAUUUUACUGUUUUCAAUAA